AUAUCAGCCCGUGUCCGUGUGUGUGCGCGCUGCUGGUGCGCGUGUUUUCGGAGAGCCGCAGAUAAUUUGGUUCGGCAGCUGCUAGAGAUUCCAGAGAUCGAAGUACCGCAUAAAGUUCGUGUCAUCCGUUCUAAAUUCGUCGUCGAAUCGAUUCGUCUGCUCCCCUCGAGCUGAGAAGCACGCCGGUACUCUGCGCUUCCACCGCAUCGCCUACUUCAUCAUCUGUGUCACAUUGAGAAUAAAUCUCUAAAGAGCGUACCACCAUGCUUAGCGCUUCGAGAUUCCUGCUCCGCCGGAGCCUCCCUCUCGGAGACGCUGUCUCCCGGAGGGGCAUGGCGAAACCCGGUUUCUUCAAGCAGGUUUACGAGAAUUUACGACAGGAUAUCGACAAGAACAAAGAGAUGAAAGAGAGCUUGAAAAAGUUCAAAGAGGAAGCGGCCAGACUGGAGCAGAGCGAUGCGCUCCAGAAAGCUCGGCGGAAAUUUCGAACCAUUGAGGAGGAGUCUUCUAGUAAAAUUUCAGAGAACUUGAGUAAGUUCAAAGACCAACUCGGUGAGACUAUGGAGAAAAGCAAGAUAGGGGAAGAAGUUUCGAAGACAGCCGAGGCAGCGAAAAAAACAAUCUCGGAUUUUGCUCAAAAAAGCGAUGAGAUUCUCUCGAAGAGCGAAACUCUCAAAGCAGUUUCGCAAAGCAUCGAGAGACCCCAGGUCUACCAAGCCCCUUCCGUUCUCUUGAAACGUUCAGAUCUCUCAGCUCAUCAUAAGGACAUGGUUUUCGAAGCGAACACCGAAGCACAAGGAGUCGAGCUACAUAAGGACUCCAGAUGGACUCAGGGUUGGGAAUCCUUCAAGAACUCGAACCCUUACGUAAACAAGAUUAUGGAUAUGCGCACUCAAUUCGAAGAAUCAGAGAACCCUAUGGUGAGAGCCUCACGAGCCGUCACUUCGAAGAUAUCGGAUCUCUUCGGCGGAUUGUUCGAGGCAACGGAGAUGAGUCAAGUUCAUACCGAGAUCUGCAAAGUCGACCCGACCUUCAACAUGGAGAAUUUCAAGAAGAAUUGCGAGACUCUUUUCAUACCUACGAUUCUCGAAUCUAUAAUCCGACCCGACUUGCCGGUUCUGAGAGACUGGACAUACGAAGGUGUCUUCAACGUGUUGGCAGCGCCGCUCAAGGCGGGUCUCGAACGCAAAGUCAAAUUCGCGUCGAGAGUUCUAGAUAUCGAAAACGUGGACGUCGCCAUGGGCAAAAUGAUGGAGCAGGGCCCCGUUCUGAUCAUAACCUUCCAAUCUCAGCAAAUCAUGUGCAUCAAAGACAGCAAAGGAUUCGUCCUGGAGGGAGAUCCUGAGAAGAUCCAACGCGUGCAUCACGUGUGGUGUUUGUGUAGAGAUCCUAGUGAACUGAAUCCUCUGGCUGCCUGGAGAGUGAUCGACUUAUCGAUGCAAGCCACUGAGCAACUGAUAUAGAGCUCGAAUGGAAUAACGUGUGUCGCCGGGGACGCCACAUCGGAGAGGGUUCUGACAUGCUCGCGGGGCGUCCCGGAUAGGUUAUGAAGAACUUGGUCAUCCUGCCGAGGUCCGAUGAAUAGAUGGACCCCGGGUGCUCCAUCGUAGGGAACGCCGCGCCGUCCGGAGAUGAUGGGUCCAGACCGACUGGAUGAUAUCGAGCGUAAGUGCGCGAGAGUUCAAACUCCGAGAGAAAGCUUCGAAUACGAUUCGA